CCGCGGUGGGGGGAGGCGUUCGCGUGGUUCGCGUUUCGUAAAUGCAUACCCGCCCCCUGGACUGUACUGUGGGUCAUCGCUCCGCUUUAACCAUUUACAACUAAAAGCGCGCGGAGACGUCGUGAGCGGCGAGGCCGAGAAGGUGAAGCACGGACGGUAGAGCGAACAGCAAACCCGUGCGUAUGUGGUGGAGUUGCAGCAUGGCGAGCGCCAUAGACGAUGGACUUCUCUUCCCGGCGAUGCCCAGGGGGCCCCUGGACUCGUAUCGUGCAAAGGCGUCCUUCGACUGGAGGCAGAUGGCCCUCUUCUUGGACAGCGAGGAAAUUCUGCACUUCAGGAAACUGGUGUUUUCUGUGCUGGAGAAGGACCCACUCUUUGCACAGCGGCCCGGUGAAGACGUGCCCAUUGAGCGCAAGCGUGAGCUCACCUUCCUGCAAUGCCGCCGUCUCUUUGAGUACGACUUCCUGCCCCUGGAGGAUAUGCUGCAGUGUCCCUUGAAGAUAGUGGCCCUGAACGAGUGCCUUAACAUGUAUGGUCACGAUAGCUGCCCCAAGUACCAGCUCAGCAAACAGAUGUUUGGUGGAACUGUAAAAAACUCAGGAUCAGAGAGACAUGAAGAAUUUGUCCGCAAAACAGAUUCAAUGGAGAUUUUUGGCUGCUUUGCACUGACAGAGUUGAGCCAUGGCAGCAACACCAAAGCCAUGCGAACAACAGCCACCUAUGACCCUAAAACACAGGAGUUUGUGAUCAACACUCCGGACUUUGAAGCCGCAAAGUGUUGGGUUGGGAACUUGGGAAAAACGGCAACGCACGCAGUCGUGUUUGCGCAACUCUACACGCCGGACGGUCAUUGUCAUGGGCUACAUUCCUUCGUGGUGCAGGUCAGGGACACAAACACCUUGCUCCCCAGGCCAGGCAUGUUGGUGGGUGACAUGGGCAAGAAGCUGGGAAUGAAUGGACUUGACAACGGGUUUGUUUCCUUUAAUAAUGUCCGCAUUCCUCGAGAGAAUCUGCUAAACAAAACUGGCGAUGUGACACCCGAAGGGAAAUACAUCACCCCUUAUAAGGACCCCAAGCGCCGUUUCGGUGCCAGCCUGGGCAUGCUGUCUGGCGGUCGUGUGGGCAUAACAGGCAUGGGUGUGACCAACCUCAAGAUGUGUAUGACCAUCAGCAUUCGCUACUCAGCUGCUAGGCACCAGUUUGGCCCCACAGACAACCAGGAAAUCCCUGUGCUGGAGUACCAACUUCAGCAAUGGCGGCUGAUUCCCUUUCUGGCUGCCACCUACUCCUUGAACCAUUUUUCCAAAACGCUCUUCUUCAACUAUGCAGAGUUGCAGAUGGGGAUCAUGCAGAAGGACAACAGUGAACGGCAGAGUGAGCUAGGCCGUGAGAUCCAUGCUCUGUCAAGUAGCAGCAAGGCCCUGUCGGCGUGGACCGCAAGAGACGCCAUCCAGGAGAGCCGUGAGGCCUGUGGAGGCCAUGGAUACCUGGCCAUGAACCGGCUGGGGGAGUUGCGGGAUGGUAACGAUCCCAACUGCACGUACGAGGGGGAGAACAACGUCCUUCUGCAGCAGACCAGCAACUACCUCAUGUCCUGGGUCAAUCGGAAGCCAGCAGACAUCCAGUCGCCAACUGGCUCGGUGGACUUCCUCAGAGACCGCAUCAGUAUCCUGCAACAAAAGUUCUCGGCUAAAACAGAACAAGAAUGUUUUGAUUCGUCCAUGCCUCUGGCGGCGUACAAGUGGCUGGUUUGCUUCCUGCUCCGAGAGAGCACCAGCAAAUACGAGCGCGAGAGAGCGGCAAGCAGCUCUGACUUUGAGGCCAGGAACAACUCGCAGGUGUUCUACUGCCGCUCGUUGGCGAUUGCAUUUGUGGAGCACGUGGUGCUGGAGCGGUUCCACACGCUGGUGCACGACCCGGCGGUACCGGCGGGUCUGCAGCCCGUGCUGCACCGCCUGGCUGCACUCUACGGCCUCUGGAGCCUGGAGAAGCAUGCGGCCACGCUCUACCAGGGAGGCUACUUCAUUGGCAGUGCUCCCCUGCAGCUCAUAAGGAACUCAAUCGUCCGCCUUUGUGCUCAGUUAAAGGAUGAAGCUGUGGCAUUAGUGGAUGUCUUUGCACCUCCAGACUUCAUCCUCAACUCUCCCAUUGGCCGUGCUGAUGGACAGAUCUACCAGAACCUGUGGAGCACCAUGCUGCAGGGACCAGGUGUACUGGAGCGGCCAUCCUGGUGGCAGGAGAUGUGCUCCAUCAAGACAGUGGUGGGCUCACUGCGCCCUAAGCUCUAGAGACUUGCACAGGAACACCUACUUUACAGAGGAAGAGCCCAACAGCUCUCAAAUCCAGACAUUGCAGCUCCUAUCCUGGUAAUCCAAUCAUUCGAAGUCUGCUGAAUAAUAAUGGAUGAAAUUCACAUUUCCUAUAUCUUUUUUUCAGGGGUGGAGUCAUUCAAUGAUUAGCUUACUGCACUGUGCACCCUGGAAACCAGUGUUUUAUUUAAGGCCACAGCUAGCAUCAGCGAUGAGUGAUAUAUAAUCUGCACCCCACCCCCUCUUCCUUUGAACUAAUCCGCACCGACCAAUGUGGUGAAAUAUGGUAGAAAAAACCCUCACGGUAAGGCCUUCAUCCAGUGGUGGGUUUACAAAGGGUUUUAAAUUAUUAUUUUAAUAUUAUGUAUCAGUUCAUACAUACUUGUUGUGCAUGCUGAUGAUUAGUUUAUGGCCAUAGAGAGAUUUGUCGAGGAAAAGUUGAAAAGGCUUGCGAUUAGUUUACAAUUGGAAUACAUUUGUGAUAAGCUGCAGCAAAGAAUGGCCACUUUAAUGUUUUUAUAAUCCAUACUUUAACGAAGACCUUAGAUAUGCAUCACACUAUUCAUGAAGAAUUUGGUUCAAUUGACUCAAAAAAAAUGACGUUACUUCCACCCUAUCUAUCCCACGACCAUGCCCCUCAUUAAACAUUUAGAUUUCUUUGGUGCGAGUUACUGCUCUAGCGGCCUUUUGUAACUUUAAAGUUUUUGACUUUAUUACACAGAGCAUUAUACAUUCAUAAAAUAAACUGUAAUAUAUUGAAUGUUUAUGAGAAGAUGAAAGCAAACCAUUAAGCAAUUCAUUUAAAGCAGGUUGGUGACAUCUGGGGCUGUAUAUGUGGUAGGAUAAAAAGUCUCGAAACAACACUGCCAUCUACUGCUCAUCAUGUAGCCUGAAAGCCCGAUGACCACUUUCGUGGUGAUGCAGGCUCCAACUUACUCUGCUCAAGAGAUCAGAGACAUUACGUGUGGUUUAAUCAUAGGUCGUUCCAUUAUAAAUUUGGGAAAAUGCACCAGCCUGUUUUUUUUUAUUGGCCAUGUCGGAUGAUUAACUUGGUUGAGUUAAGUGAAGUGACUUUCAUAUGAUUCAUGCGCAACAUUGAGACAUUGCCUAAUUUGGUCCGGAGACGUUGUGAAUUCUUCCCCAGCCUGUAUCGUGUCCAUUACAGGAGAAUGCCAUAAAGAGAGACGUGCCUUCUUUUGGACCGUGGAGGUCACUUUCAAAUCAAAUUGGCGGGAAGAUGUAGCGUUUCGCCUUUUGAAUUCCCAUUUAAAAUGGAUACAUGUGGCCAGUAAUAACUGCUGCUUUUCAGCCUUUUUGUCUUCGCUGCUUCGAUGAUUUUAGGUUGCAAAUGAGCAGUUGUGUUGAUUUUUAUAUUGCUCUAUGUUCAUAUUUUUGCCAAUCUAUAGUGUAUAUGUGGGGAGCUGCGGUAAGGUGGAUAGUGCGCUGCACCUACGAAUCCGGCAAUCCGGGUUCGAUUCCUGCUCAUGGUCAACACAAGUGAGGAUUAUCUGAAGCAGUUAUGGGCCUCCCCUAGGUCGACUCAGCCGCAAAUGAGAACCUGGUGUGAUGUAUAAACGUUCUCACUGGAGGGGGCAAGGCAGCCUAGGCAUGGUGCUGAUUAGCCUAUCCUCCACUCGGCAGGAUAAGAUCAGACAACCGGGAAUGGCUCUUCUGUUGUGGCUGCUUUGCUAACAGUACUUGCCCCAACAGUCUGUUGAGUCUGUACGGGGGGGGGGGGGGGGGUAUUUGUGUAGGUGCAAACAUACCUAGUUCCAUGACGACAGCAGAAGGAACAUGCCUCUAAAAUGAAGCACAAAGCUAUUUGCACGUGGAAGUGUUGAAAUAGCAAUAAACUCUUGUGGUCGUCAGGCACUGAUGCAGACCAUCCUUUUAACAGGGUAACAAUGUGGCAAUAAUUAUAAAUCCAAUGGAAUGCGGAAAAUCAUGAUUGUUUUAAAUGCAAACAGACUAUAUAAAGUGGUGCGAUCUGGGGAUUUACUUUCCUGCAAAUCCCUUGCAUUGACUUCGCUUGGCCUGCUGUUCAAGGUGCUCUCUAGCACGGUGGUGCUUGAUUGGCUAUGUUUGAAGCGUUUGGUUCUGCGGUGCUAGAUGUCCAAAGAGUUCCGAGGCUAGAAGACUUGUGGGAUGUGAACAACACAACCAAUGUUCGGGCAUUAAGGAGUUUUACGAUGCUCGACUUACACGUGGUGUAUUCGUGCCAAAGGGAUUGCCACUGCUCACUUUAACACGUGGUUUCGUUCUGGUAGGUGUUCCAAGUGGGUUAAUGAUUUUGCCAGGAUGAAAAUAAAAUAAUAUUAAUGUUUUCACUUGGAACUUGGAUUUGAUUAUUUGUUCUCAUACGUUUGGGUUUCAUCUUGUUUACACAUGGAUUCUUUUGUUAAGGUUAGUGAAAUACUAAGUGCCUUUGAAUGACGAUUACCAAUUAAAAUGUAUCGGAUUUCAUACUUUCAUGGAUUAAUAUUUGUGGUGUAACGGUACAUCGACUUAUCGAUAUUGAUUCUUAAGCUCUAGAUACAUGCACCAUUAAUUUAUUUAAGAAUCUGUUCAAUUUGUAUACUUGCAAUGGAUUCAUGUGACCCAUGCAGUCACUCGAGGCUUCCACAGUUGCUAUGUAAAAUUAUAAAAUAACGUGGCAACUCCUAUUGUAAAUCUUCAGUUGAACACGUUUCAGAUUUGUGACUGAAUGCAAAAUAGCUAGGUUGAUGUUUGUGAUCACUAUUCAAUGCGUAUAAAAUAUCUCAAAAGUAGUAUGAUUUUUAAAAAUGUUAUACUGGUUUUGGGAAAUUAGCUGAAACAACUGGCAGUAAUUACGGUUUUAAAAUGCAUUGCGGUGCAUUUGAAAUGAAUUCUAAUGUAGGCUGCAAUUUGAAUUAAAAGACAAUAAAACAUGUAA